UAUAUUACAUAUAAUAGAUGAGAUAACCAAUACAGCAGCUUUUAAGCUACGGCCUAUAUACAUGAUUCAACUCUGUCGUGUGAGACUGAAACACAUGCAACUUCAAAUGUAUGGGUGCACGCAACAUGUUGAACACAAUUAGCAUGGUCUAUCAUACCCAUACAGUUGCAUCUCAUACAACAAGAUUAUAUCGUGCAUGUGGCGUAUACAAAUUCACAGAAUGCACACCCAUACAGUUGCAUCUCACACAACAAGAUUGUGUAUAUCAUGGCGCUUAUCAAAUCACAGAAUGUACACACAUACGUAAUGCAUACAGACCUGUACAGCCUCUGUCUGGGUCACUGGUG